AUGGUUCUAAAACAUGCAUUCUAUAUAGGGCGGCCAAGAUCAGCUGGCUCCUACUUUGGUGUUCCCGUUCCAAGGGGCAUUUAUGUCGGGGGUUACGGUGAGCAAAGGCCACUUCCGAUUGGGUACUACGGAUUCCCGGUUCCACAAUACAGUUACUCCACAUAUGGGACUGAAUACAUCUAUCCACAGGGUACAUUAAACCCAUAUGUUGGUCAGCAAUAUGUUCCAAUUUAUGGAGUCUCAGCUGCAGCAAAUACUGCUAACCAACAAUUUAGCCAAUUAAGCCCAUCCAUUUCUGGUGGGGGCAAUGGCUAUCCGAUGAUGCAUGGUUACAGUAUGCGAGGAAAUCAAUUUGUGCAUCUCACUGGGUCAAACAUAAUUAAUUCAUCCCCAACAAAUCGUCCCACCAUUCAGGCUCCCUUUUUAGUAUCGGCACCGGUUCCCUCCCAUCCACACUUCAUUGUUCCAGCCCACUCACCUCAGUUUACACAAGCUAGCGGUUCAGACUAA